GCGGACUGUGCUGUCUCCAUGGUCGAUGAGAGGAAAGGCUAAUGCAAGGGAGAAUAACCUCAAGGACUGAGCACCAAACCAAGGGGAAAGGUUUAGAAUAGCCCGCUUCUGCAAAUAUGGAUGAUCUAAAGCACCAAGUUAUGAUAAAUCAGUUCGUCCUGACUGCUGGAUGCGCGGCAGACCAAGCGAAACAGCUUCUACAAGCGGCACAUUGGCAGUUCGAGACUGCAUUAAGUGCCUUUUUUCAAGAAACCAAUAUUCCAUACAGUCACCAUCAUCAAAUGAUGCACACUCCAGCCAACACACCAGCAACACCUCCCAACUUCCCAGACGCACUGGCCAUGUUCUCCCGCCUCAAGGCCUCAGAGAGCUUCAAUGCCAGCAGUCCCAUAGCCUCCAUGGCGACCUCUCCUCCUCAGGUCAACUGGGCCAUGGGCCCCUCUGCCCCAGGUCAGACCCAGCAGGGCCUGUGGACUUCUGGGCAGAUCCCCUCUCAGGUGCCUCCCCCUGGGUGGCCCCAAGCCGUCACUCAGCAGGCCUCCAGUGAACAGGCCAGCGUCGCCAUGGAGGCAGAGAGAUGAGAGCACUGCAGGGGCCUCGCGAUAACAAGAGGAACCAAUAUCGGGCAGUCCUCUUUGACAAAGUGAGAAAUGAAUUGGCUGCAAGGGAAAGCAGAAAACCAAGCGAUGUUGUGGACAUGCACUGAAGACAGAAAGGAGGAAUUAUGAGCAUAGAGCUGAUGAACAUUCACAUGACCCCACAUUGUAAAAUCUGCAGACAAUUUUAGUUAGGCAUAUGUUUCUUUUUUUUUUCAUUGAUCUGAAACCAGAGACAAAGAUGGACUUGUAUGACUAGUGCCGAAGAAGGAUCUUCUUGUUGUACACACCGAUGUGUAUGACAGUGUCAUCAUCUUUCCUUUGACUUUCGGAGUGAUGCCAAUGGACUGGAUGCCUUUGAUACUGGGGGAUGCACUGCAUAAAUAACAUCAUUCUUCUUUAUUUUUUAACCAGUGUAAGUGUGUGAAUAUCAUGUGUUCUAGUAUUCUAAUGUGCUUCGAAACCAACUUGGAUCUGCUUUUUCAAACAUUGGGUAAUGACUUUGACUGUCCCACUCACACAAUCAAGGAACACCAGCUAUCCAACAAUGUUUAAUAAGCAACUUUACAAACUGCUCCUCUUUAUAAACAGUGUGUCUGUCUGCAUUGAAUGCUAAAGGAUGUUAUACUGCAAUCAUGGUUCAGUGUUUUUUGUAUGAUAUUGUUUCCAGCCACUAGUGUUCAGAGGAAAAGUGAGAUAAAGGUUUCUGUCAGAGCGAGACUUCUUGCUUGAUAUUCCAGCUGUGCACCAUCUCUAAGUAGCAGACAGAUAGCUGUUGAUGCAGUGUUGUCGUUGCUUAAGAUGGAAAUCAGCAUAUUAGGGGAAAAUAAUAAAGAGGGAAAAUAUAUUUAAAAAAAUAUAGAUUU